AUGGCGGAUCUGGAUGAAGAAGGCACGCUGCCAAACGCCGCCACCGCCGCCGCACAGACGAUUACAUUGAGUAUGACGGGGGAGCGGGAACAGAUGAAUGAAAAUCAGAGCGCUUCUGUCUGCACGGGAAUGAUCACAGUUGACCUUUUUCCUUGA